CCCCCUAGCUGCCAUUUUCUUUUCUCCCAGCCAUCUCCACUUCUUCUCCCCACGCCAUCCUCCUUCCUGCUCCUCACGCACACCAGUGGAGGGCCUCCCAUGGCGUCUCCUCCCCUUUCCUCAAGUCAGCCACCCUAGCUUCCACUCCUCUCGCCACCAGCCAUUUUCCAGCAGCCUCUCUUCUCCCACACGGCAGCAGCUUCUCCCUCACGCCAACAGCAGGGAGCAGGAGCUUUUCCUCCCAUGGCCGGCCUCCCUUCUCCCCCUCGGCUCCUUCCUCCAGGCCGAGCUCCUAUGUCAGGAACGGCUGAUCCACUUGACCGCUGCUCCAUUUUUCCCUCGCCUCUGCUCUCUCGGCUGCUGUCAGCCAUGGCGUGACGCCUCUGCUCCUUCUCUCUUCCCCACAAAACAACCAGCGCGCAGGAGCUUCUCCUUCAUGGACGCUGACCAGGCUGGUCCCUCGCCCCCUUCUCUCCCCUUGUCCGCGACCUUCUCUGCCCGCGCGCAAAGCCGCUGACCGGAGCGCGGCAUGGCAGCGCCGCCCUUUCGUGGAUGAAGCUAGUGCCCCUUUCAGCUUCUCCACUGCAGCAGGCCGGGCAUCCCCAUGCCUGCGCCUUCCCUCUCUUGCCGUGCCUUCCCCAUGGUCAGGAUCAGCGGCAGAAGUCGUGUGCUACCUGUUAGAUGAUAUGGGCAGCAACCACGCUUCGCAGCUCCUUGCAACAGCAAUCAAUCCCUGCCGCAUGCCACCUGCUCGAUAUAUUACGCAGCCACAUCGUCGUUGCCCUUUCUCGCAGCACGCCGUUGUUGGUUCUAGGUGCUGCUACCUACAUCCCUCGCACUCACCUUGCUCGACAAAAAUGCCUCCCCGUUCGUUGACCUCGGGUGGCUGCACACUUGUUGUCGCUGCCCCUUGUCCGUCAACGCGCAGCCCCUCUGUUUCCCCAUUGGCGCAGCAGCCCCGACGUCUCCGCGCUCUGUCGGCUCGCUGUUUUGUGAAGCCAGUGGACAGCACGCCGUCGACGCUCGCUGGGUGUUUGCUGUUUUUGCGCAGCCCCAUCCGCGACGUCGUCGAAACCCGUGGACCGAGAGAUGACGAUCGAGACAGUGAUGUGGUGCCACCCACAAGAUGCAGUCGGUGGACGACCCAAGAAAGGAUGGACAUAACCAGUGGAUGCUCGCCAAGCGAGUACCUCCCCCAGCAAACACUAUCUAAGUGUUAAAUUAAAGGCAAGCCCCGGUUUUAUGCAUAACCGUUAUAUAUGCUAUUUUACUGCACUUAAUGUUUGUAGUCUUGUACCGUGCACUUAAGUGUAGGAGUUGAAUGAAACCGUAGUUGCAUGAACUCAGGAUUCCCUUUGAGAUGGAUACUAGUAUGCUAGGUGGAGUAGCUGCUUUGCUAAUUAGGGAUCUCGGUAGAAGUCGAGUGAUUUUUCUAGCACUCGCGCGAGGUCAGGAAUUGGUUGUAUCCACUUUGAUAACAGAAUGGUGAUGGUCUGUGGACACGGGUCCAUGGGGACGCGUGGUCUACGAGAUGAAAUUGGAAUAAGGAUUAACGUGCGGAUACCUGUGUCAAGCGUUUGAACGUACUAAACACAUACCGAGAAAUAUGGUAAAUCGGUAAGCCUAGUACCUGAGUGAACCUGCCCGCAGAUUGCCCUCCUCACGCGACCUGAGACGUGGUCUCCCAUUCCGGUUAUGGUGGGUACAAGUGCGGUCACUGCACGACGGCAGUCGGGGUCAGUGAGGCAUUGUACGCCAAGGCGGUGAGCCCCUUUCUGUUGCCAGGGAAUCGAUGGGGACGGUUGAUGUGUGUGGGGACGGAGUGCCCCUGCAUGUCGUGUGUUUAGGUUUACCUUGCAAGGAUAAAAACUCGAUUCGAAUCGUCUGCUUCUCGCAGCUAAUGAGACUGCUUGAUCCUUUGUACUGCAUUGAGUAAUAAGUGGAAAUGAGGUGACUGGCAAAAGAUGUUGAUUGAUAAAAUGUUUGAUACCAUGUAUGCAUAGCUCACAUCUAGUUUAAAAAGGAUCAUACUAAAACUGGAAAAGCUAAAACUUGUUUUUAGACUCAGCUAGUGCUUUUGGCAAACCAAACCCCUCAGCCAAACAGCUGCAUGUCUAGAGGUAGAGGAGUAGACUCCUCACACCGGGUAAGUCUAGCUGAGUAUUAGUAUACUCAGCCUUGCUUGUGGCACAAAUUUUUGCAGGUACUCCUUAGGAUGAUUUGUUGAUGGUGUGACUGGGCCUUCAUCCCUGCCACCGGGAUAGAUGGUCGAGAGGGUUAUUGCUUCCGCAGGAGAGGACCAGGAGGAGUAGCGUGGCCAGGCUUCGCCAUGUUACUCGGUUUUCUCCGUUAGUUAUUUCCGCUGCAUUAAAAUUUAUGGUUAUUAUUUCUGAAACUCCGAUAAUAUAAUUACUAAUGAUACUUAUUAAAUUUGU